UUGACAAUUUACAAUUGCAUAUGACAUUAGAGUUUAUAUAUAGUCCUGGUGUGUCUAAUAUUAAUAUGUAUCGCAUUACAAUUCUGAGACAGUAAUAUUGUAAGGUUAGGAAUUACUUUUAAAUGACAGUAACAAGUUAUAAUGUAUUAGAGUUUGGAAGACUUGCACAACACUGGCUGUAGUUUCGGUUUCAGUUAUCGCAAUCCUCCUUAAUAAAACACAUUUUUUGUGAAUUGGCAGUGAAAACACUGGGCUUGGUCUGUCUGACGCCAUAUCAGAAUACAAACUGAAAACAACGCGGCUAUAUUUCGAGACAACCAACGUCUGUGACUUAUGUUUUGUGAAAGUAGAAGAAGUGGUAUUAGCCCUUUCUGCAACUUUCCGAAGAAUGCAUAUGUCUGCAAGAACCUUGUGGAAGCAUGACCUGUAGAAGAACUGAGACUUGAAGAGUCUUGAACUACUGUCACCUUGACUUUCAGUUUUCUACGAAAUCACUCCAUAAUGUUUACAGUUAAGAGAUAAAUCUACCAUCUAUCAUCGCAGGAAUCAAAGCUUCCGAAGGUUGUGCUGUAGACAGCACAGUACUAAUGACAUCCAAGAUCGACUGAAUAAAUCUAGACUGUGACUAUGUUUGCUUUAAGGAUCAUUAUUUUUAUUACAGUAAUUGUUCCUCUUAACUAUAAACUUUGUUCCUGUCAGUGUUCUCAUGCUGAAUAUGAGAUACACAAGCAAUGCUGCCCAAUGUGUGCCCCUGGAAACCGUGUUUAUUGGCACUGCACAGAUGACACCAGCACAACUUGUGUUCCAUGCCCUUCAUCAACUUUCACUGAUGAACCAAAUAACCUCACUGGAUGCUUUCCUUGUACUGUAUGUGAUGCAAGCCGUGGUUUAAGAGUGAAUAAAAAAUGCACUCGGUCAUCAGACACUGUUUGUGGGCCUCUAGAGAGAUUCUACUGCAUUGCAAAAAAGAAAGGCUACUGUUCUUUAGCUUUGCAACAUUCAGAAUGUAGCCCUGGCCAAUAUAUCAAACAAGCAGGUACUGGCUCUACAGAUACUGUAUGUGCUGACUGUACAGGUGACACAUAUUCAAAUGGAUCUUUCUCAUCCUGUUUAGCACACACAAAAUGUGAGGCCCUGGGACUUACUGAAACAAAUCCAGGAACAAAUUCAUCUGACACCAAAUGUGGAAAUCCCUCUACAGCUGUAGCAAUAACUGCCCCUAGUGUUAUAGUUACUUUAAUAAUAAUUUUAGUAAUAUUAUUUUUCAUAUUUAAACAUAUUUGGAAGAAGAAGCAAUCAAAAAGUACAGGGAUACAGGAAACAGGUUUACCGUUUACUGUUGAAAAUGACAGUUCUAAAGUUGAUGGUGACAGGAAAAUUGCUGAACCAUUUGAAACAGAAGUCCUGACGACCUGUGAUUGACUACAGUUUCUACACUACUCAGAUCUUUCACUACAUUUAUCAAAGGAGUGAGAUUUAGCAGUUUGAGCCAGAGUCAUUGAAACAAGUCAAACAGCAUCAAAUUAUUUUGUCAUCAUCUAUUUAAUCAACUACUAAUGAACUACUGUGUGUGUCAAGCCUAAAAAUAAUAAUAAUAGUAAUAUUUAACGUAGCAACAAGUACAUGAGACGGAAUAAAACUCCAUUAGCACUUUCUAUAAGACGGCAUCUGACAGUAUUUAAAUGUUUUUUUAUAAGUAUUAUACAAAGGCUAAUUAUCGAUCAAGUGCAUGCAAAAAAACCUUGUCAGACUGCACUGGCAAAUAUGAUGAUCUGUAUGACAAAAAAUGACGAAGUAUUUUAAAAGCAAAUGAUCGCAAAAUAAAAUGUUGGUUAUAUACAUAUAAAAAGCCUUUAAAUUGGCAGCAUAAUCAUGGGUGAUCAUAAGAGAUGCAAAAACAUAAAAGAAAAGCAAACUGGACAUGAGAACAGCUAGGCUAUAGGACUGUAACGUGGGAGCCGAUGAGAUGUGAGACAUGCAGAUCCAUGUGCAAGCUUUUAUUACACUAAGACAUGUUCAUAACAGGCAUGGGUCAAACACUGGCAAACGGGUAUAUAUAGGGGAAGACAAAGAAUGUUCCUAUGGCAAGCGUGGGUCUACGAUCCAGAGGGCUAAGCAAGAGGGUUAAUCCAGAAUCCAGAGCAAAGGGUCAAAACACGAGAAACAAGGCAAAGCAAGAAAAAGACUAAACUAUAAACUGAAGCAAGACUAUGAAAACUAUGAACCAAAACAAGUGGAACUGUGAAAACAAACACGGAAAGGCUUGGUAUGGCUAGGGGAGGGAUAUGUGCAGAACAAUUCUCUGCAGUAUGUGAGGGGAAGUCCAAUGCUUAUUAAGCGUGUCUGAUGAUUGUGCCGUGUGUGUGAUUGGUCUCAGGCGAAUGGUGUGAUUGUUAUCAGGUGAAUGUGAUUGGUGCAAUUGAGCAUGAAGAAUGUAGUCCGGGGUAGAGCUGUAAUCGGGCCUUAAAAGUUAGGCCUGACAGGACCCGAGCCCGACAGGUUUCGGCUGAGCCCGACAAGUACAUUUUGAUUGACAGCUUUUUUUAAAGCCCGAACCAG